AUGAAUCCGCCUGAAGAGAACACUGACGAUGGAGGCACCCUCACAGCUGGAUCGACCGAUGAGCCGUUCCGUUUACGGCCAUACCAGGCUGAAAUGGUCGAAGAGAGCCUAAAGUCGAACAUCAUCGUCGUCAUGGAUACUGGCAGCGGGAAGACGCACAUUGCUAUCGACCGCACAAGAGCGGAACUGGAGACUUGCCAGCCUGACCAGCUGGUAUGGUUUCUUGCACCUACAGUCACUCUAUGCGAACAGCAGUAUGAAGUCUUCCGAUCCAACUUGCCUGCUUAUGGCAUUCAGCUACUUUGUGGAAAGGACGGCAUCGAUCAUUGGACCGAGCAGAGUAUUUGGGACGCAGUGCUGCACGGCGUUCGCAUCGUUUUAUCAACGCAUCAGGUGCUACUGGAUGCUCUCACCCAUGGUUUCGUCAAAAUGGGAAAGCUAGCUCUACUCAUAUUCGAUGAGGCGCAUCACUGUACUCUGAAGCAUCCUGCUCGCCUCAUCAUGUCCGAAUUCUACACUAAUCGAGUAGAAGGCGGUUGCAGUUCGCUACCCAAAGUUCUAGGCUUGAGUGCAAGCCCGGUAAAGACGGCAAGAGCAACUGUGCAAGAUCUUCAGCAAAUUGAGCAAAAUCUGCACGCCACUGCUAAAACACCAAAGGUCCAUCGAUCAGACCUUAUUCGAUACGUUCACAAACCCGAACUUGUUCAGGUUAGCUACCGCGCCGAACCACUGAACGAAACACGCUCCCAUUUACUCCUUGCACUCGAGAGCGCAUUUGCUAACUAUGAUCUCAUGACCGACCCAUAUGUUGUGGACCUGUUAGCAAAACAACAUGACGGGUACGACACCUCUAAACAACUGCAGAAGACUCUUAUAAGUCGAAAGACGUAUUGUAGUGAUCAACUGAGAACCCUUAUUUCCAAAGCGAAAAAUAUGGCACAAGAACUAGGGAUAUCGGCUAUGGAAUGGUAUCUGCAUCAGUGCAUGACACAAUUUGAGGCAAUGGUCCACGCCUCCGAUCAGCAACUGUUCGACUCGUCUGUGGAUGAAAAGCGACACCUCCUAAAUAUCCUCGAACGGCUUCCAUUCUCUAGCUUUACGCUUGCUCCACCGAUGUCUUUAGACAAUAUCUCACAGAAAGUGUCGAGACUUGUUGACAUAUUGGCUGCCGAAGCCCAUAAUAAUUCAGGAUUCACGGGUCUUGUUUUCGUCGAGCAGCGCGUGUGGGUAGCUGCCCUUGCCGAGAUUCUUUGUGUUCACCCACGGACGAGAGAACUGUUCCAGGUUGGUUCUUUCAUCGGAACUUCACAAUCCGGCAAACGCAAAGCAAGCAUUGCCAGUUUUCCUGAGCCCAAAAAUCAACAAACCACUCUCGAGGACUUCCGCGCGGGCAGAACGAACUUGAUCCUUACAACGAGUGUACUCGAGGAAGGCAUUGAUGUGUCCAGUUGCCAUCUAGUCAUCUGCUUCGAGCCGCCCAAGAACCUGAAAAGUUUUGUACAGCGACGCGGUAGAGCGAGAAAACAGGAAUCAAAGUAUUUCAUUUUCACCUCUGAUACUGGGAGUGUACCAUCAUCCGGGUCGUGGCAGUCGCUGGAAGCAGAAAUGAAAGCGACAUACGAGAACGACAUGCGAAAUUUCGAGCAGGCAGAAAAGGACAAGCGACAAUACGAAGAUGGGGAACGCUUUUUCGAGGUCCCUAGUACUGGUGCACUGCUGACGCUCGACAACGCUUUUCAGCAUCUCAACCAUUUCUGCGCUUCACUGGGGUCGGGGGCGUUCGUUAAUACAGCUCCGCAAUUUGAAUUUCUGGACGAGCAACUUGGUCAAACCACCGCAAGAGUCAUACUUCCCACCUCGAUCGAUUCUACAGUUAGGUCUGCCCAGAGCUUAAAGAGCUGGAGAACAGAACGAAUGGCCAUUAGGGAUGCAGCAUUUGAGGCAUACAAAGCCUUGUAUCUUGCUGGCCUAGUGAAUGACAAUCUGCUUCCUGCGCGACAUCAAGCGAAUGAACAGGCUGCACAAUCUGGCCUUUCAGAUCCCAGGCCGUCCGUGGUAGCGGUGUCGCCAACCUUCGAUCCUUGGCCAUCAAUUGCUCGAUGCCAGCAGAAUAAUCCUCACGUGUGGCAUCGUACCCUGCUUGAGGUGCGCCCAUCCGAAGAAGAGCCAAUGCGUAUGAUACUACUGACGCCAGGUCUUAUACCCUCAAUCCCAGAGAUCCUGCUAUAUUGGAACGAGACAAAGCGGUAUAUGGUGAAGAGCUCAUCGCUGCCUGACAUAACUUUAACUGACUCUGAAAUCCGAUUACUGCGCUCGAUCACCUGGAAGGUCCUUCAGUCCGUACUCUAUAUGGAGAACGACACAUACGAUUUCUUGUGGUUACUUGCACCAUGCAACCCAACAGGCCGCACCUUGAGUAGCAAUGCACUUUCUAACUGGCAUAAUUCAACCGAAGGUGAACAGUCAGCCCUAGAGCUUACGAUAGGAGGCUGUAAUGUUCCAGCAGACUGGGGCCUCGUGACACAUCAAGGUCGGAAAUACAUAUUGAAAACUCUCAAUGUAUCUCGGCCUCAAUACACGUCAGCUGUAGAAGAAACUCAACUCCAGGCAAUCCGGUUACCCAAACGACGAGACUUCCUUCAUCCAGUGCCAGACAACGAGCGCGAGAACGAGGCAUACACGAGAAGCGAGAACCUUUCAGCUUCUGAAUGCAUCGUGGGGAAGCUUCCUGCUUCUUACUCUAUCUUUGCGCUUCUGUUUCCCUCAAUAUUGCACAGAUUCGAGGUACACAUGAUCGCAGAGGCAGCCAGAACAACACUGCUAAAGCCUAUAUCGUUCAGAUCGGCAGACUUGCCAAUCAUUGUCACUGCACUUACUUCGUCUGCAACCGGCGAAGAAGACAACUAUGAAAGACUCGAGUUCCUUGGAGAUACCAUUUUGAAGUUCAUUGCCUCAGUGCACCUAAUGGCAGACAACCUUACUUGGCCAGAAAGCUUCCUUACCGGAAAGAAAAGCAAAAUCGUUAGCAAUGCGUUCCUGGCCCGAGCAGCGUUGGCUUCUGGUCUUGACCAAUUCAUCAUCACUAAACGCUUUACCGGGGCAAAGUGGAGGGCCAAAUGUAUUAACCAGGUUCUAACUGACAGCAGGUCUCCGUCAAAGGAAGAAAAGUCCUCAAAACUGGUUGCCGAUGUAGUUGAAUCGCUCAUCGGUGCUUCGUAUGUGGUCGGUGGCCUUCCCAAGGCAUUCGCUUGCAUCCAAACAUUGUUACCGCUGGAAGAUUGGAUACCCAUUCCGGAAGCCGAUCAAGCACUCUACGAAGCGGCCCCUACCCAAGACACGAUAAAUAGCUUAGCCAUCGUAGAGAGUCUGGUAGGAUACAAAUUUACGAAGAAGGCAUUACUCUUCGAUGCCCUUACCCAUGCAUCGUACACUGGGCCCGCUGCACAUUGCUCCUACGAACGAUUAGAAUUCCUGGGCGAUGCUGUCCUCGACUACAUCGUCACGAAGAGGCUCUUCGAGUCGAAACUCUCGCAUCACACAAUGCAUCUUAUAAGAUCGGCGAUAGUCACUGGCUCUUUCCUUACCUACAGUAUGUUCGAAACGACAGUACAAGACGAGACCACCAACAAGUCGACUAUGCAACCAGAGGUACACCAUCGAGCUCUAUGGCAGUUCCUUAGAUCCGGAAAUCAACAACUCGUUGCCGCGAGAGACAUCGCUCUGAAUCACCACAUGAAUGCCAGAGAGCAGAUAGUUGCAGCACUAGAGCAUGAUGCAACAUUUCCAUGGCAUCUCCUCGCUCUCAUCGAUGCGCCAAAGUUCCUCUCUGAUAUCGUAGAGAGCGUCAUAGGCGCCAUAUACGUGGAUUCUCAUGGCAGUAUUCCUGCCUGCGAAGUGUUUGUCCGCCGGCUGGGUAUUGUCGACUGCGUCGACCGUAUCGUGCGUGAUCAAGUUGACGUCACACACCCAAAGGUGCGCUUGGGCAUUCUUGCCGUGGAGAAGAACGUUAAAUACGUUCAGGUCAAGCACGAUCAAGGUGACGAUGUGAGCAUGAACAAGAUGUAUCGGUGCCAAAUCAUAGUAGGGGGGGAGAGCGUCGGGGGUAUAGUCGAGGGACUGAAGAGGUGGAGCGCUGAGACAAUCGCUGCCUGGAAGGCGGUCGGGAUACUCGAGAGGGGGGUAGAUGCCGUGAUGGAGGAUAGUGAAGAGGAUGACGUGUUUUUCGAUUCCGAAGAAGGCGGCGGUGUCAUGGUGGAAGACUAG